CAAUUUCCAAAUUUUCCCAAUUUACCUCAGUCGUUUAUGAAAUCCAACUGUUAAUAGUUAUACCAGUCAAUAUUUUGACAUCGAUUAGCCAGAAAUUAUAUCGAAAUCCAAACAAAUUCAAAGUUAUGCUUAGAGAGCGAUGGACGAAAUAAAUGCCGUCAUCAAGUCUGAAAGUUUGUCGUCUUACUUAACGGUUUGUACGAACGAGGAUGAAGAAAAUAUUUUGAGAGAUCACACCAAAGUUUUUACCAACACGAAAUCGCGAUUGCUUAUACAUUACAAGGACGAUAUCAGGCACACACAAAAUGCAAAGGAACUGGGUGCGUUUAGGAACUAUGACCAGCCAUCUGGAUCAUCUGCACCAACAUUGAAAACAUUUCAACAGCGAUUGAUGCUGGACCAACUUCAUAAGGACAAAGCCAGUGAAAAACUACCUUCACAGAAAUCAUCUGAACAAACGAGGUACAAUGAACCGUUCGAUGUAGAGAAAUUUAGGAGACAUUCAAGCAGAGAAGUGUCCACUUCAAUUUUAAGACAAUUCGUUCGAGAUCCUGCCCGAAGUGGUCAUCCCAAAAAAGGGUCAAACCGACAAAUGUCUGUCUUGAGAAACGAAUAUCAUACAGAGAUUUGUGAGAAAUCUACGAUCGACGAAACUAUGAGAUGUACAAAUUCAAAUGAAAUAGUUUCCGUUCGAGAUCGUUCUUUUACCCGGCAAAAUCCGAUAAAUCAGAAUGUUGAUACACCAUUGAAAUCGAAUACAAUUCUAAAGGCGGACAAAGGGGAAACGAAAGAAGAGCUACAGCAAACGCGGCAUGACGUCGCUCUGGCAAAUAUUGAUAUAAAUGAACAACCAUUUCCACAGAGUGAACCACCGAGUAAACUUCAGAAUGGAACGGGAUCAUUUACGUUGACCAAUGAACACAGCAUUGAGAAUGUUGACCUCCAGUCAGUGAGACAGAUCCUGCAAAACUCGUCGUCGGCGAUAAUCAAAUUCGAUCUCAUCCAGUCGCUGGUUUUGAGAUUAUCGAAUCAGGAACCAGAUGAACGACUUAUAACUGUACAGGACAUUGUUGAUAAUGACGUAUUAGGUGCAAGUGGUGAAAAUGGUAAUGGUAAUACCAUGGAGGACCUGUUGUGGCCAGUCAAUAUUACAACUCCCCAUCCGAUGCAGACCAGUACGGCCAAACUACUCAAUGCUUUAGUCUCGUUCGAAGUUGGUCGAGACUAUUUCAACAAAAUAUCCAUGGUAAAGCUACUUACCUGGAGCGGUAAAGAACAGAUAUACGACUCAAUGGCUGACAAUUUGAUAGAUGCGCUGAAGAAGUUGAGUCUCAACGAACUUCAACGUCGCGAUAUGUUGAACAAAGGGUUACUCCAAUGGCUGAUCAAUCACAUGGAAAUGGUGGAACAUACAGCAUCGAUCGUUCACAUGGAAUGCAUGACCGAUUUACUGAGGGUACUGACGAAUGUAGAGAAUACAACGGGAUUUGCAUCUGUAAAUGUGCCGCACUUCAUCGUUGUGUCAGUCAGAUACUUGAAUGUAGCAAACGAAUACGUUCAGGUAAACGUUGGUCAGGUUCUCCGCACACUGUUCUUAAACGAUUCAGCCGUCGCGAUCGGUAACACAAUAAAUUUGCAUCGAAUUUUUCGCAAUCUACUCAAGAAGGCAUCCAAUUCAAAAUUGAAAGCUGAUCUUCGAUUCAUUUACGAAUUAUUCGUGAAGCACAGAGCUGACACUUCAACUCAUAGUGAAUUGUCUGCUGAUAAUGUUAGUCGGUCAACCGUCUCAGAAAAUGCGAUAUGCUGUGGUCGCCAAGAUGUGAACAGCGAAAUCGACAAUCAAACCGAACAGUUGAUCCGCGAGCAAAAUUUGAUGAUCAUUUCUGAAAGGAACAGUAACGAGGACGCAACUCAACAGGGUGAAAAUGUAGAACUUUCCACAGAACCAAAUAGAAGUUUUACUUCCGAACUAAGAUCGCAGAUCUAUCAGUUAUGCAUGGAUAAGGGUAUCGUCGAAAUGGAUCGUAAGACGCCCAAUGAAGAGAUCAAUGACCAAUACGCAAAUAUUGAGUCCAAUCCCGGUGCUGAAGUUUUGUAUUCCAAUUUAAAUUCAAGGCUAGAGCAGAGUUCGUCGUUAUUAAGCAGUGGUUCACAAUGCGCUACAAGUGAAUGCAAGGAAAGUGCUAUUCAAAUCUUAAAAAUACAAAGUGUACAAGCGAAUUCAGCUGUUGAAAUGGAUCAUAAAAACCAAAACUUACUCAAAAAUUCGUCGUCCAAACUGCAUUUGCAGAAAGUGUAUGAAGACACUGCGCCAAAAGUGUUAACAGACUAUUCGGAUUUGAGCUCCAUAGCGAAAGAUCGGGAGGCACGGAAUGAAAUUUUGGAAAAUGAUAGUUUCAUCGACGAAUUGUGCGAAAAGGUUUUGAAAAAACUCACAUCGAAACUAGCAGCGAAUUUCUUUUGUGGACCGAAUUGUAAUACAAAUGAAAAUAAUAAUAAUUGCUGUACGAAUGUGGAGUCAAACGUUCACUGAUAUCGAGUAUGGAACGGUUCAAAUUUUCAAAAUUUCAAAUUUUAUAAAUUGUCAGUUAAAAAGAGGCCAGUUGGUAUUGGUAUCAACACAUCUAUAAAAAUAAAGAAGAAAUUGUUUGAU